GACAGUACCGCUCAACAGUUAUUGACCAUAUAGGUAAACCUGCCCAGUCCUUACCCUCACUUGGCCGUAAUCGCCUCAUAAGCAUAGUGCAGGUCCUUACAGCAGGCAUAAUUCGAUAUAUAAUAGCUGUAAAACCUAUAAUUUAUUUCAAUUAACCUCAUAAUGGCUACACUUGAUGAUCAAUACGAUCUGGUGACAAUUGGCGCGGGGUCAGGUGGUGUGCGAGCCAGCCGCUUUGCCGCAACUCUGUAUGGAGCCAAGGUGGCUUGCGUGGAGCUGCCCUUUGGCUUUAUUUCAAGCGAAUCUGUGGGCGGAGCUGGCGGAACUUGCGUGAUCCGCGGCUGUGUGCCCAAGAAGUUGCUGGUGUACGGCGCUGCCUUCGCGGAGGAGUUUACGGAUGCGCGUGGCUUCGGAUGGGCGCUGGGUGGCGGCGCCGCCGCCGCUGAUGGCGCGACUGGCAACGGGCCGGUGCAUGACUGGUCAUCUCUCAUAAAGCUCAAGAACAAGGAGAUACAACGGCUCAACACCACGUACGGCAAUAUUCUCAAGAACUCGGGCGUUACGUUGAUUGAGGGUCGUGGUCGCAUCCUGGACGCCACCACAGUAGAGGUCGCGGCUCCUGACGGCGCCGUACGACACCUCAGGGCGAAGAACAUCCUGCUGGCGACAGGGGGGGUGGCAACCAAAAUUCCCAUCGAGGGCGCGGAACACGCCAUCAUGUCGGACAAUGCUCUGGCCCUGGAGGCCCUUCCCCCGGGACCUAUCGCCGUGCUGGGAGCGGGCUACAUUGCCACGGAGUUCGCCGGCAUAUUCCGCGGCACCCACCACUACCCGGUGCACUUGAUGUUCCGAGGGGACAAAGUACUGCGUGGGUUCGACACCGAGUGCCGGGACCAGGUGCAAACCAAUUUGGUGGCGCGGGGGGUCCAUGUGCAUCCGGGCUGCCAGCCCACGAGGAUUGAGAAGAAGGGCGAGCACCAGCUGGUGCUGCACUACCGGGACUCCAGGGGGGCCGGGGAGCAGCAGCUGGAGGUGGCCAUGGUCAUGAUGGCCACGGGCAGGAAGCCCCGAGUGGAGGGCCUGGGGCUGGAGGCAGUGGGGGUGGCUCUAGACUCCUCGGGGGCCGUACAGGUUGACGAGUACAGUCGUACAUCCGUACCCGGCAUUUGGGCGGUUGGUGACGUCACCAACCGCAUCAACCUGACCCCCGUGGCGCUCAUGGAGGGGAUGGCGUUUGCAAAAUCCGCCUUCGGCGGUGAGCUCACCAAGCCGGACUAUCGAAACGUGGCCUCGGCGGUGUUCUGCCAGCCCCCCCUGGCUACGGUGGGUUACACGGAGGAGCAGGCGGUCAGGGAGUUCAGCGGCGACAUCGAUGUGUACGUCAGCCGGUUCAGACCUAUGAAGUACACCAUCAGCGGUCGUGAUGAGAAGACGCUCAUGAAGCUUGUCGUACAUGCGGAGAGCGACAAAGUGCUGGGUUGUCACAUGGUGGGUCCUGACGCCCCGGAGAUCAUGCAGGGGCUAGCGGUGGCGCUCAAGUGCGGAGCCACCAAAGCGCAGUUCGAUGCCACGGUGGGCAUCCACCCAACCGCCGCGGAGGAGUUCGUUACCAUGAGGACCCGCACGCGCACCGUGCCCGGCACCGGCGCCAGCAAGCUAUAACAAUCGUGUCUGCUGAAUCUGGACUGAGCCUCUGCGACGGCUGCUCUGGCCGGGUGGGGCGCGGGGUUGGAUGCGCAAUUUGUGAUGUUGUGAAAUAUGCGCAUCAACUGUGCAUAUUCCAGAGGAUUAUGCGCAGAAUAUGAAGCAAGCAGAAUGGUGUUGUGGCGUUGUGUUGGGAAUUAGUGCUGGGAAGCGGGGCUAAGGUGGCGCUAGGGCGCUGACCGCUGAAGGUGUGGAGGUAGUAAGUAUCAUUGCAGUGGACGAAGACGCGCGGUAGCGGUGGCAAGGAAGGGCGUUGUCGGGCAGAUUUGUUGGAAGUUUGUAAAGCUGAGCUGAUUGAUGCACCUAUGUUGUGGUGGUGAGCUAAGCGCAUGGGGCCGGAGUUUUGAAUUUCUCCUUUUUGCAUCAUCGGUGUUGGCUAACCUGGUCUAGCGCUGUUUCUGCGGAUCACAGCGGGGCCUGUUGCUGCUUCGUUUCCUUGGACGAGUUCUCUGUGUAGAGGAAAACGACUGCUGCAGGAAAGAAAAGGAGUCUAGUUGCAUACCUCCCGAAAAUAGAUUCUUUGAGGUCCGCAGUUACGGGAUUUAUUCAUGAAUACCUAUUUGUUAUUUGCUGAGCCG